UACACAACAACCUUGCCCUUAGAGAGUGUGGUCCUUGCAUGGUAAAGGCGUUUUUUGCAAAUAUUUGCACUGUCUAUCGUUGAAAAACCAAUGUCACUUUAUGGAUAUGUAACAUUGAUCUUUUAAGUUUCAAAAUAUCAAAUAAUCCCUGUGUGAACAAAAGCUAUGGAGGCGAAUUUUCUACUGAACAAAUUAAAGGUUGUUGGACAGCUUAAGCAAUGUCUUAACAUUCCUAAACAGACAUGCGAAAGACAUUUACAUACACUCAUAAAUGAUGGCAGAUAUAGAUCUGGUCAAAGUUGGUGCAAAUACCGCUAUAACCGGAAGACUUUGUUAUCACAUAACUGGAAUUAUUUAGCCGCAUCAGGUGUUCCGGUGUAUCUAAUGCGGGACAGAUUCUCGGAGCACCAGCACAGAGACAUUUACCAUUUAUGUGAUAAAAAUAGAUUACAGAAAUACAACAAAAGACUUGGACACGGGUUAUUUUUACCUGCUUCAAAUGUUUCGAUACAGCACAGACCAGUUUCCUUUGGUACCAAAGCCAUUCUAGAUGCGUCCCCACCUAAAGUACAGCCAUACUUAAGACUACUACGAUUUGAUAAACCAAUAGGGACAUACCUUUUAUUCUGGCCAUGUACAUGGAGUAUUGGACUAGCGGCACAAGCAGGUCAUUUACCUGAUUUGUACCUGCUGGCUCUGUUUGGUCUUGGAUCUUUAAUCAUGCGAGGAUCUGGAUGUAUUAUAAAUGACAUGUGGGACAGAGAUAUUGAUAAAAAGGUUGAAAGAACAAAAACACGGCCAUUGGCAAGUGGAGAGCUCACACCAUUCCAGGCACUGGUAUUUCUUGGAGGGAACCUUUCUUUAGCUUUGGCAAUAUUGUUACAACUAAACUGGAACAGUGUUUUCCUUGGGGCAGCAUCUAUGAUCCUAGUUAUAGCUUAUCCCCUCGCCAAACGCUAUACAUACUGGCCACAAGUUGUUCUAGGGGUAACCCUGAACUGGGGUGUGCUGAUUGCUUGGUCGGCCCUCAAAGGUUCCUUGGAGUGGCCUGUGUUGCCCCUAUAUACAGCUUGUGUUGUCUAUACAAUGUUUUACGACACUAUUUACUCCCAUCAG